GAGCGUGCGUUCUACAAAGACGAGAUUAAGUACUUCGUCAAUGCCAUCACUAAGGCUGUUAUUGAGCGCCACCUAGUUGCACCCCUCCCUAAAAUCAUCCUUUCCCCUCUAGUUGUGACGCAGGUGUCAGAGAAAGAGGUGGACUUCGUUGCUGCUGAGUCUCCUGAGAUCACGCAGCAGCGCCUUCAUCUGGAGUCUAGGAAGAGUAUGCUGGAGAAAGGGUUAGAAACGUUCAGGGAAACGAUAGGAGGACUGCAACGCUAG